AUGACCGAAGUCAGAAUGAGGUCACUGUCGCUUUAAGAAGCAUCCUGCUGGAGCUCUUGACUUCUGUGACUUCUGUGAGCACUGACUGCUCAGAUCUCCGUCCGCAAAUGCUGCUGAUGUACAGAGCAAGAGGACAGGAACACAGAAAGAGUCCAGAUCACUGGUUCACACACGGCAGGAACUUCUUAUGAGAGUCUGCUGUAUGAAGAUUUACUUUAUUUGUAAGGACUCACCCUCACAGUAGAUGGAGGAGGUUUAGUUUAAUUUAGUCCAGCGGGGAACAGCUCUCCAUCAUGGAUCCGCUCGACAAGCUGAGCAGAGAGAAGUUGAUCUUCUAUCUGACAAUGCCACUGUCUUCGAUCAUCAUCUUCUCCAACCUCUUCAUCAUAAUAGGCAUCGCCUGCAACCGUCAGCUGCACAACACCCCAAAUUACUUCUUCUUGAGCUUGCUGGUGGCUGACUUGUGCACCGGCAUCGCCCUGCCCUUCAUCCCCGGCAUGACGCUCGACCGGCAGCUGGAUUUCAAGCACUGCUUGGUGAUAUACAUCUUCCCAAACUUUCUGUUCCUGUCGUUCCUCUUCAAUCUGGUGAUGGUGCAUUACGAACGUUACCUGUGCAUCGUCAGCCCGCUCCACCACAGCCAGUUCUGGGUCCACCGCUGCUUCCCACUGGCCUUGAUGACCGUCUGGGUCCCGCCAUUGCUGUAUGCAUCACUUCCUGCCUUUGGAUGGAAUAACUGGGUUGAACCCAAUGCCUACAAGAGCUCCGAUUCAAACGAGACGUUCUUGAGAUCAACCGCAUCUCGUAAUGCUUCCAAAGAGGAUGAGGUUUGCUCCUACAAACAGGUUUUUCCCAGGGCCUUCAUUUAUUUGGAAGUGUGCGGACUGGUGCUUCCGGCCAUGCUGUCCAUUGCAGCCAUGAUGGGACGGGUGUUGUGGAUCGCACGUAAGCAGUUGCGUAACAUCUGUAAGCUCCACCGCGCCGUGGACCGUCUCCAGCAGCAGCAGCCAUCCGACCACGAGCAGCAACUUAACCUGCGCUACGCCAAAUGCGUGGCUGCCGUGUCUCUCACGUUCCUGGUCUGCUGGGUGCCGUAUAUCAUCUUCCAGCUCAUGUCUGUGACGGCUCUGCAGACCGGGGUGAACUUGUCCAGCUCUGCUCUGUACAUCAUCAUGUCCUGUACGGGAAUCGGCAGCAUGGCUGUCAUUCCGCUCAUACUGGGACUGGCCAACAAGCAGUACACUGAGCCCAUCAGCAGGGUGAUGCUUAAACUGAGAAACCGCUGGAGAGGAGGACAGAAUAACAGAGAUAUUGCACUGUGACAGUUGGACAGUGAGUGGAUAGGAUGUUUCAAUUGAAUGUGUAAAAUCCUGCUUUGAAAAAAAAAAAUACACUACUGUUUAGAAGUUUGGGGUUGGUUAGAUUCUCACAAAGGCUGCAUUUAUUUGA